AUGCGUGGACACCAACACCUCGGCGACCCUGGGCUCACGCAGAACCAGGGCAACCUGCUGGGCGACCGCCCCUGCGUACGGCAGAGCCGCCUCUACCGUGAGCACGUUGGCGGGAACACCAUGAAAGAGCUCAUGGGGCAGGAGGGGCUGAAGUGGGACACCACCUGCACGCAGGGCGUCUAUGCCGGUGGGAAGGUGUUUGACCACAACGACAAGCCCCGCACGCAGGUCGUAGCAGAGGACGCCAGCAGCAGCAACAAGAGCGACAUCGACCUCGGCAACGCCACGGGGACAGACGCAGAGGUUGUGAUUGCAAUGGAAACGGAAGAUGACCGAACAAGCGCCACCCAGGCGCCCACCCAGGCACCCGCGCAGCCGCCGCAAGACCAGCAGCGGCAGUCGGUGACAGGGGCGGUGCCCGUAGCUGGCCGUGCGUUUCGCCCCGGUGCGGGGUACGCCAACCGACAGACGUACAACCUGUUCACCGGCGAGUAA